AUGGCUCACUACCGCCUGCUACAUCCGGCCACAAUCCGAAUUCCGCAUAUUUUUCAAAUCGUCCAUCAAUCACCACGAAUGAAGGUGUUCGCAUUGGGACUCGACGAGAAUCAGAAGGCCGAACAGCGUGCCGACGAGGCGAUGAAGGACACGAAGAUUCCGAUUGAUUCGGUCACUUCUGGAGUACCACUUCAGCCGUCGUCGGCGAUUGUGUUGGCCAAAGCGCCGAGACGCAAGUUUAGUGGAUUCACUUGUGGAAUCCUGUCUUGGUUCAUCGGUGCUUGCUGCCUCGUUCUUCUCUGCUUGGCGAUUUCUGAAGUCGCCUAUCACCGUCAACGUGAUCAGGCGUUCCUUCGUCUGAAAUGGGCUGAGCUUCGCCAGAGAAUGCUUGGAUACGAAUUGCUGUCUCAACAACAAGAAUUGGAUAGGAUGGCACUCGAGAAACAAUCGCCUGUCGAAUCGUUGCCACUUCGCCGAAGUGACGACCCGAUAAAACCAAAAAUAGUUGAUGUCAUUCAAAACGACGCCGCCUCCGCAUCUUCAUCGGAAGAGUCGAAACCCGUCGUCUUCAAUCAAUACGCAAAUGAACAGAACGAGAAGUUCGGAUUCCUUCAGGCACUUAUGGACAAAAUUAGGAAGCAUGCACAGAGUAUGGGAUUGAAUGGAGAUAUGCAGGUGCAUGUCGUGGAGGUCAAGCCAUUGUUUGGAGGAAGAGGACAGGGCGAGAAGGAGAAUGAUAUUGAGGAAAAUGCGUCGUUCGAACAAUCCCUUGCCGACGGAUUCGGUGAGUACGCCAUGCCACAUCAAGACUUUGGACCAAUCAAUGAUGCCUAUGAUAAUGACCGUCUAACCUUCGAUCGUCACUCUAUGAGACGUCCAUUCGGUCCUUUCAACAGAUUCGACGGCCCAUCCCAAAUUUACGACGACUACUCGGAGCAGCAGCCACAAGAGCCAAUGAUGCAAAACCAAUUCCAAUGGAACAACGGCUUCCCUCAACCACAAUUCGGAUUCCAACAACAACCAGCCAACUGGUGGGGACCCGCGAGACAACAAUCAAUGGAAGUACAAACGAAUCAGUGGAACGGGUUCCCACAAGUCCCUGUUCAACAGUUCCAGCAGGCGCCACAGGUGCCCCAGCUUCCACCUCAACAGGCUCCACAGCAGCCAUGGUACCAGCCGUAUAGUGAUAAUGUUGGACAACAACAGGAUAGCCAACAGAAUCAGAAUCCAUGGCAAGCCCAGAACGACGACUGGAUGAUUCAGAAGCACGAGCGUCAGAAUCAGAACAGUGUCCAAAUUCCGUUCCAACCAAAUCCAGCUGCCUCCAACGCUGACUUUAACACCCCGAUGGAUGUAAUCUCGGAUAACGCCGUCGCCCCGCCCUCUACGGCUAUUGCAGCGGACCGUGACGCUGGCCGCGACGCUUCUGAGGAGAACGUGAUCUCCCCGGAUCAGAGCUUAGAGUCGAUUGCCGACGGAAAAUUCUUGCCGAUUCGUUCCGAUGACAAGCCAAUCGACGCGGCCGACGCUCACCUCUUCCAGAUUGAUGAUCCAUCAAGUUUCAGACGUUAA